AUGAGUCCAAUUGUGGGUAACGAGGCCUUCCUUGCUGCUUGUAUCAAGUAUGCCAAGGAGAAGGUCACUGUCGACUUCGAAGCACUUGCCAAAGAACUCAAGAUGAGCAAGGGUGGAGCGGCCAACAAGUUCCGUACUAUCAUGAAGCAGUUGGAGGAAGAUGGUGCGGUGUGGAGCAGCAUGGACGACCAGGCUGAAGCAAAAUCUACUUCUGCUACCGGUGUCAAGCGCAAGGCUACUACCAAGAAGAACUUGGCGAGAAUCGAUCCCGUCGGACGUCGCGAUGUCAGCAGUGACGAAGCUGCGGAACAACCUCCCCCGAAGAAAGCUCGCGGUAAAGCUACCAAGACCAAGGCCCCCAAGCUCGGCACCGGAGAUAAGAAUGAUGAAGAGAAGAAGCCAAAAGGAAAAGGUGUCAAGAAAGUCUAUCCUGCGACUCCAAGCGAUGGCUGUUCGGGUGAUGACGAAGCGACUCCCAUCAAGAAGGAGAUCAAGACGGAUGUUCCUACUGCGAAGAUGAUCGAAGCCGUUGGGUCUGUUGCAAAGACCGACACAGUGCCGCCUGAGGAUGGUAACUAG